AUGAGCUAUGACGAGAGCGAGAGGAGUAGGCGCCGCCGCCGCCGCAGCUCCCGCUCGUCGGCGGCGCAGCCGCUGGAGGACGACAACCUCCUCUCCGAGAUCCUCCUCCGCCUCCCGCCAGAUCCGUCCUCCCUCCCUCGCGCCUCCCUCGUCUCCAAGCGCUGGCUUGGCCUCAUCUCUGACCCGGGCUUCUCCCGCCGCUUCCUUCUCCACCACCGCCGCAACCCUCCUCUCCUCGGUUUCUUCGUCCCUUUCAAUUUCAAACCUGCAAUGGAUCCCCCCAAUCGUGUCCCGGAUGGCUACUUCUCCUUGUGCCUUGACCGCGAAAAUGGCGGCGGCAUCUUCAUGCCCAUGGGAUCCCGCCAUGGCCUCCUACUCAUGUACCAAUCAGCGCGGUACCAGCUCUUGGUGUGGGAUCCCUUCAACGUCGACCUACACCGCCUAGCCGUUCCCCCGGAGUGGCUGAAGGCCCCGUUCAAAGGGGCGGUUUUUUGCGGCGCCGGAGACAUUCAACACUUCCGGCUGGUCUUGGUAAGCACAGAGACAGACAAGCAGCAACAUACACGGGCCAUCGCCCGCGUUUACUCGUCGGAGACUGCCAUAUGGGGUGAUCGCAUAUCAACACCACUUCCAUCCAAACUUCCCACCAAGAGUCACAUGUACUUUACCAUAAGUGUGCUAGUUGGGCAUUCCCUUUACUGGUUGUUCGAUGACACAUCGGCAAAAACUCUACUAUUGGAUGGCAUACUUGAGUUUGAUUUGGAGAAGCAGAUCCUAGCUGUGAAACCAGUACCAGUGGGUAUUCCCAAGGAAAACAUGUGCCGAUUCCAGGUUAUGCGGGCAGAGGGUGGUGGCCUUGGCAUUCUCUUUCUGUCAAAUUUCAGUGCCCAAUUAUGGAAGGUGGAGACCGAUUGUGAUGGUGCUGCUUCAUGGGUGCUAGGAAGAACUGUUGAACUGUAUAAGUUACUUUCCAUUGAUUCAAGGAAGAAGAGAAAAUGGCACCAAUGUAUAGUGGGGUUUGCUGAGUACAAUAAUGUGCUGCUCCUACGGACACCUACCGACCUCUUCAUGAUCCAGCUUGAGCCACUGCAGUUCAAGAAAGUUUCCAAGACCAAGAAGUGGGCUCACUAUCAUCCGUUUGAAAGUGUUUAUGCUGCAGGAACGAGCAUUGGUGGUGGACAUGAUGGAGCUGAACUUUUGCACAAUACAUAA